CAGAACAACAAACUGGAUGAAGUGUUUAUUUUGGAUCCGGACCUGUAACCAGACUUUGCCUCACACUGAAUUGUCCAAAAGAAUUAAGGAAAUGUGGAGUGACAUGCAGUUGAUUAGUCAUAGGAUUUAAGGCUUUGAGGACAUACACCUCGAAGGGAAGCGAGUGAGGUGAAGCAGAGAAUAGUUCACUUUUUGUGCCACGGGGGGAGCUGUGAGCACAAGGAAGAUGGCAGAUCCGGGUAUGAUGAGUUUAUUUGGUGAUGAUGGGAACAUUUUCAGUGAAGGGCUUGAAGGUCUUGGAGAAUGUGGUUUUUCAGAGAAUCCAGUGAAUGCUCUUGGGCAGCAACUACCCAUGGAUCAAGGAUUUGGCUCCAUGCAGUCUCCCCUCCAUCAUCCCCCACCCACUCAGACUCAAACGAAGCUGACUCAUUUUGAUCAUUUUGGUCCGUUUGAACAGCAGAAAAUGCAUCUGGUAGAUCAGCCUAAUCGAAUGAUUGGUAAUGCUCCUGGGAAUGGCAUGGCGUCGCCUCACUCACAGUACCACAAUCCCCCAGUUCCACCGGUUCCUCACAGUGGUGCUCAGAUGGGAGUUUACCCAACUAUGCAGAACGAAAGGUGUGCACCGCAGUUUGUGGAUAGCAGCUCCAUGUGGGGACCACGUGCUGUCCAAGUUCCAGACCAGAUUCGACCUGCCUUCCAGCAACAGCAGCAGCCACCGCCACCACCUCAGGGGCAAGGGCAUGCUCAGCAUAUGCAACAGAUGGGGAAUUACCUGACUCGUGAUUAUACAUUGCAGCAGCACAACCAGCCUCAACAGCAGAGGGUGAACCAAUUUGCUCAAGGUCAGGAGGCCCUCAGUCAGGGAAAUCCCUUCAUGGGAACCUCAGGACCAGGCCACUUAUCUCAUAUGCCCCAGCAAACCCCCAACAUGGGCCCUUCCUUGCGUCAUGCUCCAACUCCGCAAUAUCACCCUCAUCCCCCUCCACCUGGCACUCUCCAUGGGGAUUCAAUUGCUCACAGUCCUAGAUUCUCCCCAAAUCCAUCUCAGCAACCCAGUAGCAGGCAACAGAACAUAACCUUUACUUCACGUAGCCAGGCAGUACCUUCACAAUCUGUAAGUAGCUCAGGGCAGUAUUCUCAAUAUCCUUACAGUAACAUUAAUCAGGGAUUAGUUAACAGUAAUACAGGGAUCAAUCAAAACCUAGGCCUUAAUAAUAACCCUUCUGUGAACCAGUCAAUACCCCGUUAUCCAAAUACUGUGGGAUUCCCAACUGGCACAAGCCAGGGACUAAUGCACCAGCAACCUAUACAUCCAGGUGGUCCGCUCAACCAAAUUAAUGCACAAACUAUGCACCCCACACAGUCUCAGGGAACAUAUGCUUCUCCACCUCCAAUGUCGCCUAUGAAAGCUAUGAGUAACCCAGCAGGUACCCCUCCCCCACAGGUUAGGCCUGGCAGUGCUGGAAUGCAGCUGGAGGUUGGAAGCUAUCCAAACAUACCUCUGUCUCAACAGCCACAUCAGUCCCCAGGCACCAUGGGACUUGGACAGAGGACCAUGGGACCCAGAAACAUGCAGCAAACACAACAGUACAUGAGCCCUUCUCCUGUGCCACGGGACAUUGGCAGCCUUCCAAGACCAGUCGGGGCACUGGGUCCCAGUGGGAAUCAUGCAGAUCAGGUGAUGCAGGAACGUUUAUUACCUAGCCAACAGCACCCAAAUCAGCCUUUUCAGCCUCAAUUGCCAACCUGUUCACCCAUGCAACAGCAUGCAGCAGUGCAUCAUCAAACUUCUCCUACACCACAUCAGCAUCAACCGUGGAUACAGUCACAGCAUUCAUCACCUCAGGCUGCACCACAGCAAGUGCCUGUCCAGCAACAGCUUUCAAAUACAUCAGCUGACACUCCAACAGACAUGACUCAGGUUAGUGGACAGAAUGCCCAGUUAGCAAGUGGAGAUGAACGACAGAAGUCACUGGAGCAACAGAGAAAGCAAGAGAAGGCCAAUCGCAUUGUGGCUGAAGCCAUUGCAAAAGCGAAAGCUCGGGGUGAGCAGAAUAUUCCCAAGGUGGUUGACCAGCUGGUGGUCUCCAGCACCACCACGGUGGAUGGCUCAACCGAAAAGAAAAAGAAGAAGAAACCAAAGGAGAAGAAAGACCCUAAGGACCCCAAAGAAGUCAAGGAAAAAAAACCCAAGUCAACUGCAACUCCUAAAAUCAAGACCAACAAGAAAGCAAGCAACAAGAAAAACACACCAGAAUCGACUGUUGGGAAGAAAAAAGGCAAAAGGAAACAUGAGUCAUCUCCAGAAAAUUCUGAUAUGGAAAAAACACCACCCCCAUCUCCACAGGAAGAGGAUGAAUUAGGAGUGCAGAAGCGCCGCUCCAGCCGACAAGUGAAAAGAAAGCGAUAUACGGAGGAUCUGGAGUUUAAAAUAUCUGACGAUGAUGAUGCAGGAAAAGAUUCUCCAUUGAACACUUCUCAAUCAGAGCAGGAACCUGCUGCAGAUGGUCCUGUAACAGAGAAAAUUAUGAGCAUACGACUAGUAAAGAAAAUCACUGAAUCAGGAGAAGAAGUGGAAGUCGAAGAGUUAUAUGUCAAAUACAAAAACUGUUCUUACCUUCAUUGUCAGUGGGCAACAGUGGAGCAGCUGGAAAAGGACAAGAGAAUUCAUCAGAAGAUAAAACGUUUCAAAGCUAAGCAGGCACAGAUGAACAAAUUCUUCACUGAGGUUGAAGAUGAGCCUUUCAAUCCAGACUAUGUAGAAGUAGAUCGUAUUCUUGAUGUUUCUCAUAGCACUGAUAAAGAUAGUGGAGAGCCAAUAACCCAUUAUUUGGUGAAGUGGUGUUCUCUUCCCUAUGAAGAUAGCACUUGGGAACUGAAGAAAGACGUAGAGCAAGUCAAGAUUGAUGAAUUUGAUAACCUACGAGCUGUAGAGCCAAGAACACAACGUGUGGAACGACCUCCUGCAACUUCCUGGACAAAAUUGGAAAAUUCAAGGGACUACAGAAAUGGCAACCAACUCAGGGAAUACCAGUUGGAGGGAGUAAACUGGCUACUCUUCAAUUGGUACAAUAGCCAAAACUGCAUUUUGGCAGAUGAAAUGGGCUUAGGGAAGACUAUUCAAUCCAUCACAUUUCUGUAUGAAAUGUAUUUGAAGGGAAUUCAUGGGCCCUUCCUGAUAAUUGCACCCCUUUCCACCAUCACUAAUUGGGAAAGGGAGUUCCACACUUGGACAGAGAUGAAUGUGGCUGUUUAUCAUGGCAGCCAGGCUAGCCGCCAAAUGAUUCAGGCGUACGAGAUGUACUUCAGGGAUUCUGAGGGCCGUGUCGUUCAGGGAGCUUACAAGUUCCAUGCUAUCAUCACUACAUUUGAAAUGAUUUUAACUGACUGCCCAGAACUUCGCAGUAUUUCAUGGCGCUGUGUGAUUAUUGAUGAAGCCCACAGACUGAAGAACAGGAACUGCAAACUACUGGAAGGACUAAAACUGAUGGACCUGGAGCAUAAGGCACUACUGACUGGAACGCCAUUGCAGAACACCGUUGAAGAGCUUUUCAGUUUGCUGCAUUUUCUGGAACCAUCUCGAUUUCCCUCAGAAACAACCUUUCUGCAAGAGUUUGGUGAUCUGAAAACUGAGGAACAGGUACAAAAACUUCAAGCUAUUCUGAAACCUAUGAUGUUAAGGCGCCUGAAAGAAGAUGUAGAGAAAAAUUUGGCGCCAAAGGAAGAAACCAUCAUUGAAGUCGAGCUAACCAAUAUUCAAAAGAAAUACUACCGGGCUAUCUUGGAGAGAAAUUUUGCUUUCCUCUCUAAGGGAGCUGGUCAAACCAAUGUGCCGAAUCUCCUGAACACUAUGAUGGAACUGCGAAAGUGCUGCAAUCAUCCGUACCUAAUAAAUGGUGCUGAAGAGAAGAUUUUAGAGGAGUUCAAAGAAAUGCACAAUCUUGAUGCACCAGAUUUUCAGCUUCAGGCAAUGAUCCAGGCUGCUGGCAAGCUAGUACUGAUCGACAAGUUGCUGCCAAAACUAAAGGCUGGUGGCCACAAGGUGCUUAUCUUUUCCCAGAUGGUGCGCUGUUUGGACAUUCUCGAGGACUACCUCAUUCAGCGAAGACAUUUGUAUGAGCGUAUUGAUGGGCGGGUGAGGGGGAAUCUUCGACAGGCAGCCAUUGAUCGUUUCUCCAAACCUGAUUCCGAUCGUUUUGUAUUCCUGCUGUGUACACGAGCUGGAGGUUUGGGCAUCAACCUCACAGCUGCUGAUACCUGCAUCAUCUUCGAUUCUGAUUGGAAUCCACAAAAUGAUCUGCAGGCUCAGGCCCGAUGUCACAGAAUUGGGCAAAGUAAAGCCGUGAAGGUAUAUAGAUUAAUAACCAGGAACUCCUAUGAACGAGAGAUGUUUGAUAAGGCAAGUCUGAAACUUGGACUGGAUAAAGCUGUUUUGCAGUCCAUGAGUGGAAGGGAGAACAAUGCCAAUGGGGUCCAACAGCUGUCUAAAAAGGAGAUUGAAGAUCUCCUUCGGAAAGGAGCUUAUGGUGCGCUGAUGGAUGAGGAGGAUGAAGGGUCAAAAUUCUGUGAGGAAGACAUUGACCAGAUUCUCUUAAGGCGUACACACACAAUUACUAUAGAGUCUGAAGGGAAAGGUUCCACCUUUGCCAAGGCAAGUUUUGUGACUUCUGGAAAUAGAACUGAUAUUUCCCUUGACGAUCCGAACUUUUGGCAAAAGUGGGCAAAGAAAGCUGAAUUGGAUAUUGAAGCAAUAAAUGGAAGGAACAAUUUGGUGAUUGAUACACCAAGGGUAAGAAAGCAGACCAGACACUACAAUGCAAUUAAAGAGGAUGAGCUCAUGGAAUUUUCAGACUUGGAAAGUGAGUCUGAAGAAAAGACUGGAAAACCCCGUAGGCUGCAGGACAGGUCCCAUGGUUAUCCAAGGACAGAAUGUUUCAGAGUGGAGAAGAAUUUGCUAGUGUAUGGUUGGGGUCGGUGGAGUGAUAUACUGUCGCACGGACGCUUUAAACGGCAGCUGACAGAACAUGAUGUGGAGACCAUCUGCCGCACCAUCCUUGUGUACUGUCUAAAUCAUUACAGAGGAGACGAAAAGAUCAAAGGAUUUAUAUGGGAUCUGAUUACUCCCACUGAGGAUGGACAGACUCGAGCUCUGCAAAACCACUCAGGUUUGUCUGCACCAGUGCCCAGGGGGAGGAAGGGCAAAAAAGUCAAAAGCCAGUCCACGCAGCCCAUCAUGCAGAAUGCUGUUUGGCUAGCGAGCUGCAAUCCGGAUAUGUUGCUGCACGAUGAUGGUUACAAGAAACACCUAAAACAUCACUGUAACAAGGUCCUGCUGCGGGUACGGAUGCUGUACUAUUUGAAGCAGGAAGUGAUAGGAGACGUAGCAGACAAAAUAUUUGAUGGUGCAGAAGCAAGUGAUGUAGACAUCUGGAUCCCAGAAAUAGACCAUGCUGAACUUCCCACUGAUUGGUGGGAUAAAGAAGCUGAUAAAUGUCUGCUCGUUGGAGUGUUCAAACAUGGAUAUGAAAAGUACAACUCUAUAAGGGCAGAUCCUGUGUUCUGCUUUCUGGAGAGGGUGGGAAUGCCUGAUGCAAAGGCCAUGGCUGCUGAGCAGAGGGGGGCAGAUGUGCUGGCAGAUGCUAGUGAUGGUGCUGAUUUUGACAGAGAAGAUGAAGACCCAGAAUAUAAACCUGGCAGAAUUCCAUUCAAGGAUGAAAUGGAUGAAUUUGAGCGUUCUCCUCAAGAAGACAAGGAAGAAGGCAUGGAUGCUGUUAAUUCAGGCAAACAAAGUGACCAAGAUGGCGAAUCAGACAAACUCUACUGGCCGAACACAUCAGCUCUCACAACACGCCUGCGUCGUCUUAUUACAGCUUAUCAGCGUAGCUAUAAGAGGGAGCAAAUGAAACUAGAAGCACAGAACAAAAGUGACCGGCGCAGACGUCGACCAAGAGAUGAAGUGCGAGCUCGGGAAGCAGAAAGAAAUGCAGCGAUAUCAGAAAAGCGUCAAAGAUGGACCAGGAGAGAGGAGGCAGACUUUUACCGUGUGGUAUCAACCUUUGGAGUAGUGUUUGACUCUGUCAAAAAGCAGUUUGACUGGAGCCAGUUCCGUGCCUUUGCAAGACUGGACAAAAAGUCGGAUGAAAGUUUGGAGAAAUACUUCAACUGUUUUGUAGCUAUGUGCAAAAAAGUGUGUCGUAUGCCUACAAAUUCAGAUGAAGAAUCUGAUACCAGCAUAUUUAUUGAGCCGAUCACGGAGGAACGUGCUUCUAGAACCUUAUAUCGAAUAGAGCUACUGCGAAAGAUUCGAGAACAGGUUUUGCGUCACCAUCAGUUGGAUGAACGACUCAAGUUGUGCCAGCCUAGCAUGGACCUGCCUGAAUGGUGGGAGUGUGGCAAACACGACAAGGACUUAUUGAUCGGUGCUGCUAAGCAUGGAGUCAGUAGGACAGAUUACCAUAUUCUGAACGACUCUAACAUCUCUUUCCUGGAGGCCCAUAAAAACUUUGCUCAAAACAAAGGUGCUAUCCAGCGGAGCAGUACGCCUUUCCAAAACCAGCCUGGUGCCUGUCUGAGCCAAAUGCCUUCCAUUGCCCCAUCCACACCAGUUGAGGAAGAAAAAAAUACAGAACAAACCGACUAUGAUGAAACUAAAACUGAAGAGGGUCUGAAAAGUCCUACGCCGUCAAUUCAGGAGGACCAGGAAACUGUUCCUCCUAAAGAGGAAGAGAAGACAAAUUGUGAUGAGGACAACCAUGUUGGUUCUGAAUGUCAGGAUGAUUUAGGACCACUGUCUGUGAAGGUCGAGUGUGAAACUAAAGAGAGUUUAGCCAUGGAUGCCGAUAUCCUUACUGACGUGGAAGAAAAGGAAUUCAGACCUAAAUUGUCUUUUGAAAAGGGGUCAGAGGAAGAUGAUGAUGAUGAAGAUGAGGAAGAGGAUGGUGAUGAUAAGUCAGAAGAAUCAUCUCAGCCUGAAGCUGGACCUGCUUCUCAGGGCAAAAAUUUUGAUGAAGAAAGUAAUGCCUCUUUGAGCACUGCCCGCGAUGAAACUCGUGAUGGAUUCUUCAUGGAGGAUAGUGAACCUACAGUAGCUCAACUACUUCACGAACGGACAUUUUCCUACUCCUUCUGGCCAAAGGAUCGUGUGAUGAUCAAUCGUUUGGACAACAUAUGUGAAGUUGUAAUGAAGGGAAAGUGGCCUGUUAACAGGCGCCAACCAUUUGAUUUUCAUGGUAUAAUCAACUACACACCCUCGUCGGUGGAAAGCCCUCUGCCAAGGAGGAGUUUCACUGAACUCUCCAUGGUCGGUCAAGGAAGCUUCAGUGCCUGCGAAGAUAUAGCUGUUUCUCCUCAGAUGUCAAGGGAAGAUGCAUUGAAUUUGUCAGUUCCAAGACAGCGUAGGAGACGACGAAAGAAGAUCGAAAUAGAAGCUGAGCGAGCUGCAAGAAGAAGAAACCUAAUGGAGAUGGUAGCUCAGCUUCGCGAGUCCCAAGCAGCCUCAGAGAGUGGACAGGAGAGAGCUGUGGACUUAUCAAAAGCCUCUAGAGAGGCAAAAAGUUCUACCUCAGUCAGUACCGCUUCUGUUACUCCCAAGUUUGUUUUGUCGAAUGCCUCUGUACCAGUGUCUGAUGCCUAUAAAGCCCAUAUUGAAAUGCUGCAAGCAGGCCUUUCACAAACGCCAACUAGACUUAUGAUAAAUGGUUCACUAGUUGAUGGGGAAACACCUAUAAAAAGGAGAAGAGGAAGAAGGAAAAAUGUCGAGGGACUCGAUCUCCUAUUUAUGAACAACAAGCGCACGUCAUUAAAUGCUGAUGAUGCAGAAGUGACCAAAGCCUUUGAGGAGAGCACACAGACAGCAUCACAACCAAGAAACAUUCCGUCCCCUGGUCAGUUGGAUCCAGAGGCUCACAUCCCUGUCAUUAACCUAGAAGAUGGGACCAGGCUGGUGGGAGAAGAAGCUCCCCAAAAUAAGGACUUGGUGGAAUGGCUUAAAGUUCAUCCAACUUAUACUGUGGACAUGCCAAGUUAUGUACCAAAGAGUGGAGAAGUGCUGUUGACCCCAUUUCAAAAGCCGAAACAAAAAAGGCAUCGCUGUAGAAAUCCCAACAAACUGGAUGUUAACACUUUGACAGGAGAUGAAAGAGUGCCUAUUGUGAAUAAAAGAAAUGGGAAAAAGAUGGGUGGUGCCAUGGCUCCACCAAUGAAAGACCUUCCUAGAUGGCUUGAAGAAAAUCCAGAGUUUGCUGUUGCACCUGAUUGGGCUGAUGUUGUCAAACAGUCUGGUUUUCUGCCAGAGUCCAUGUUUGACCGCGUUCUCACUGGACCAGUUGUUAGAGAGGAAGGAGCAAGCAGAAGAGGGAGAAGGCCCAAGAGUGAGAUCGCCAAAGCUGCUGCAGCUGCUGCUGCUGCUGCUUCAGCCUCGGGAAUAAACCCACUGCUGAUGAACAGCCUGUUUGCUGGAAUGGAUCUUACAAGCCUACAGAAUUUACAGAACCUGCAAAGCCUUCAGUUAGCUGGAUUAAUGGGCUUCCCACCUGGCCUUGCCGCAGCUGCUGGAGGAGGAGAUACAAAAACCCCUGCUGCUUUACUACCCUUGAUGCUUCCAGGCAUGGCAGGGCUGCCCAAUAUGUUCGGACUUGGAAGCUUACUGAGCAACCCCCUUACUGCUGUCGCUAGUACUUCUGCUGCAACAUCAGGUCCAAGUGAAACAGAAAGUGGUGUUUCAUCCAAGACGGAAAAUGACAAAGAAAAUGAUCAAGAAAAUGAAGAGGAUAAGGAAACAAACGGUGCAGAAUCUGCUUCUGAUUCCAAUAACGCAAGUUCCAGCUCUUUCGCAGCUGCUGCAGCAGCUGGGCUCACCAACAACCCUCUUGCUUUCAACCCAUUCUUGCUUUCCACUAUGGCUCCUGGCCUGUUCUACCAAUCUAUGUUAUUUCCUCCUGGGCUGGGAAUGGCCCUGCCUGGUUUUCCUCAACUGACUGGACUGCAGAGCACAAUGAGCUCAAGUGAUGACAAGGAGGAUAAAACAGAUGGUAAAGCUGAAGACAACAGCUUUAUUGAAGGAGAAGGAGAAGGCAAUUCAGAUGACAGUGAUGGUGUGGGAAGUCCCAGUAAACCCGUAGACUCCUCUCUUAUGGAAGAUGAAUUGGCACAGGCGACAGGAUUAGACUCGGUUGAGGGGGCAGAGGAAGAGGAGGACGAGGAUUAAUUACAUUUCCAGUUACUAAAAGUGUUUUAAAACUCUUCACAAGUCGUAGUCCUACUGUUUACAUAUUCAUUAAAUGUCCACACAUAGUUUUUUAAGCUAUCUCUGUAACAUAGUGUAGCAAAGUUCCAAGUCAUGUUAUGCAGAUGUCAAAGAUGUCUUGGUCAAAAGUAUUAUGCAGUGCAUUAUUUAUUAUCCUAGAAGCGGUAUCAAGUUCAAGAGUGUGUCUGAAUUUGUGAGGAAUGAAGUUAAAUGCUCUGCUUUUCGUUUUCACCAGUGGUAAUAUGUGACCCACAGCAAACACCAAUCAGUGGCAUGUGAUUGUUAGUGACCGAAGCAGUUUCUGCUUUUAAAGGAAUAAUGAAGAUGUAUAUUUAACGUUGCUGUGAAGAGCACAGAUGGACAAGUCAUUGUAGAACAUAUCAUGCCUAUAGAUUUGACUGUAUAUAAAGAGUCCACACUGACAAUCCCCACAAUAGUGUGAAGGUCUCACCCCAGAGGCACAGCAAUAACUUGGCAGCUGUUGAAUGUUUUUUUUUAAAAAUCUGGACAAUAAAACGCCUAAAAGGGUGACCACAAUUUCUGACUUAAACUACAGUUGAUUUGCAUUGUCUCGUGAUUUUUUUUCUUGUAAUGCACUGUUAUAAACAAGAUUCAGGUACAUUUCUCUAAAGAAAGGACUUUGUUACUUUAGCCACAAAGCUAAACAGCAUUACCUCAGUUCUCCUAGCAUUGAAGUUUACAAACAAGACUUUGUAAAUGUAUGUUUUCUUUGUUGUGAUGUUUUUUUAAAAAAAGAUUUGGAAACUGCUAUCAUGUAAGAUACGAUGUAAAUUGCUGCCAACUGUAGUAAUGAUGCUUUUAAUAAAAGUGAUCCAUGAUAUGCAGUGACAUAUACUGUAGAACAAGCAACAGUCUAGAGAAACCAAAUUAUGAUUGGUAUUCACUAGUUACAUUGCUUAGCAGCAAUAGAGACACAUACCAUAUUCUGGAUCCUGGAAAGAUUUUUUUGUUGGUAAAGUAAAUGUUUACAAUGGACAAUACAUGUACUUAAAAUCAAAGAAAUUUUAGCUUUAUUAUUAAACCAAUACAGUAUUAGG